CCCCCGCGCAGGCGCGGUGCCGUCAGUCGGUCGGUCGGCGCAGGGACAAGAUGGCGGCGCGCUCGGUGUGCCGAGCGGGCAGUGCGGCCGGGCGGGCGCUGCUGUGGGGGUCGCGCCCCUCUGCAGCUUUAUUGACUUUGACAAGGAAGCGAGGUGCUGCCACCUAUGCCCAGACACUCCAAAAUAUCCCCGAGACCCAGGUCACCACCCUGGAGAACGGGCUCCGUGUGGCCUCAGAGGAGUCCAGGCAGCCAACCUGCACGGUGGGUGUGUGGAUCGAGGCCGGGAGCCGCUAUGAAAACGCAAAGAACAACGGGGCUGGUUUUUUUGUGGAACACCUGGCCUUUAAGGGCACAAAGAAGCGUCCUGGCUCUGCCUUUGAGAAGGAAGUGGAGAGUCUGGGUGCUCACCUGAAUGGGUACACAUCCCGUGAGCAUACUGCCUUCUACAUAAAAGCCUUGUCCAAGGACAUGCCCAAAGUUGUAGAACUCCUGGCUGACGUUGUGCAGAACUGUGCACUGGAGGACUCUCAGAUCGAGAAGGAACGUGGCGUCAUCCUUCGGGAGCUGAAAGAAAUGGACAGCAACCUGAUGGAUGUCACCUUUGAUUACCUUCAUGCCACUGCUUUCCAGGGCACUCCGCUGGCCCACACUGUUGAGGGGACCACAGAGAACAUCAAGCGGCUGACUCGAGCAGAUCUGGCUUCAUAUGUUGAUACUCACUUCAAGGCACCCCGUAUGGUCCUGGCAGCUGCUGGAGGUAUUUCGCACAAAGAGCUGGUAGAUGCAGCUAAGCAACACUUCAGUGGAGUGCCUGUCGCAUACAAAGAGGAUGCUGUGCCUAUCCUCCCGCACUGUCGCUUCACAGGGAGUGAGAUCCGUGCCAGAGAUGAUGGUCUGCCCCUUGCCCAUAUUGCUCUUGCUGUGGAGGGGCCAGGAUGGGCUGAUCCAGACAACGUUGUCCUCAACGUGGCCAAUGCCAUCAUCGGGCGCUACGACCGCACUUUUGGAGGUGGGAAGAAUCAGUCUAGCAGGCUGGCUACGCUUGCUGUGGAGCAUAAUCUCUGCCACAGUUUCCAGACAUUCAACACCUCUUACUCUGACACUGGCCUCUUCGGUUUCCAUUUUGUUUCCGAUCCUCUGUCCAUAGAUGAUAUGAUGUUUUGUGCUCAGGGGGAGUGGAUGCGUCUGUGCACCAGUACCACAGAGUCAGAGGUGACAAGAGCCAAGAACUAUCUCCGAAAUGCCAUGGUGGCUCAACUGGAUGGUACUACACGAGUGUGUGAGAAUAUUGCAAGCCAUCUGUUGAACUAUGGACGCCGUAUCCCUCUGGAGGAGUGGGAUGCCAGGAUUUCUGCUGUUGAUGCAAGAAUGGUGAGAGAUGUCUGCAGUAAAUACAUUUAUGACAAAUGCCCGGCAAUUGCAGCAGUGGGUCCCAUUGAACAGCUCUUGGAUUACAACCGUCUCCGCAGUGCCAUGUACUGGAUCCGUCUCUAGGAUGUGUGCCUGCAGGUUGGAAGGAGUGAAGCUGUGGACUGUGACAGGUUCCUUCUGCCACUGAAUGCCUUGUGCACCACGGGCAGGCUGAGUCCAUUCAAAGCAGCUGUCUUCUCGGUGUUAAAUGUAUAAAAAUAAAAACAUCCCAUGUGGAGUUGGUUCUGCUGGGAUUCAAGUGUU